UAAAUCUCAUCAACAUAUAUCCCUUCUCACUAAAUUGCAAGGAGAAAAUACAGGCGUGCUAAGUUAGCAUGAACCACACUGUAUGCGACCCUAUCCGGUGACCAUUGACUCUUCUCUCAGAGUGAUAUAAUAUCUUUAGAAAUCACAAAAAUUGAGUUCAGAUUUGUGUCCAGGUUGGAAAACUGGAUGAGAAGAGUUAUUUUUGAAUGGAUUUGUGUUUGUAUCUAGCAGGAUUACGAUCGUAAGCAACCUCAUGAAUUUAUAAGAGAUAUAUGAAAGAUACAGGCAUCAGUAUUUUCAUAAUAAAUCACCAAUAUUAAUAGCUAUCGAGUUCGGGUUUUUACCUUUCGAUAGUCCUUUUGAUUAGCUACAAAAGCAGGCAUUUGGAAAACCUCAAAACUACUGGUCAUCUGAGACAUAUCUAGGCAAUUUGGUUUCUGGAUGCAGUUUUUGUGCAUUUGAGACCUUUUUCAGGUAAUGUUUCGUUAGAAAACUACGAUUUGGUUCAAAGCUAAUAUCAGAUUCAGAAUCAGCGUUAAAAACUGAGUCGAUUUAUAUAUGUUGUGAAUAAUUCUGAGAAAAACAUUUUUUUCAAAAAAAAAUCCCUGUACUCCCCCUCAGGGAUGGUCUGGUCAAUAAUGACAAUUUUUUUGAUAACUCAGCCAUUUCUAGACGGAUCCUUCUCAUCUUCGAACUCGACUGAGACAUUGAUGAGGCUGAACUAUGUAGAAAAUUUCAUCACGAUCUGACUCUCCUUUCGAAAGUUAUCGUGUAAACGGCCGGACGGACGGACGGACAUACUGACCGAUUCUAGAGUGUACUCACUUUUUGAGUACACAAAAAAUGUCUUUUCUUUUUCUAGGAUGAUCAACAGUCUAAAACAACAGAUGUAUUCGUUAAUCGUUUAAUUCAUUAUCACAAAGAAGAAAAUGAUACUAAGCAUGACGAAUCAAAUGAUUUAUCAACAAAUAUAAAUCGUAUUCGACAACGAACAAUUAUCCUAUUUAAAAACAAAAUUAAUACUCGUAUUGAACAAAGAACAGCAGCUGCUACCAUGGCAAGCGAUGUUGAUGAUGAUUAUGAAGAUCAUAAACAGGAUGAUAUUGAAGUAGCUAUAGUCAUAUCUGUCGUUGCUGAUGUAUAUAAUAGUGAUAGUGAUUUUGGUGAUGAUCAGUCAUGGGCUGAUCGUGUCAACCCUGCACCGCUUAAUUCAUUAAUGCUAAAUACAUUUCCAGGUUUACGACAUACAGUACCAAUACCAGCACCCUCGCCUGUAUCUGAACAUAAUCAAGAUUAUAGUCGUUUAGUACGUGA